AUGAAAAAUAAAGGGACAGGACAACAGACAGAAAGUGCGGUCUCUGAGCCAAGAAUAACCUGGGUAGCUUUGUUUGGAGCUGCCUUGGCACAUGGUUGUGUUGCUUUAAUUACUCGUCUUGCUGCUGAUCGGUCCAAAGUGCCAUCGCUGGAACUUCUCUUCAUUCGUUCAGUGCUGCAGAUUUUUGCUGUUGUGGUUGUCUGCUAUGGCAAUGAGCAUCCUCUGGGACCCAAAGGAUACAGAAUGGGUCUGUUUCUCUAUGGAGUAUGCAAUGUCAUUUCCAUCACCUGCGCCUACACCUCCUUUGCAAUUGUGCCCCCAAGCAAUGGAACCAUUAUGUGGAGAGCCACUACCACAGUGUUCAGUGCCAUUCUGGCCUUUCUACUCGUAGAUGAAUGCUUGGACUACACUGACAUUGUCACUGUGGUCUGCAGUGUCUUUGGCCUUUGCCUAGUAAUGAUCCCCAAUAUUGUUGAUGAAGAUAAUUCGUUCGUGGGCCUUUGGAAGGAAGCCUUUGGCUAUACCAUGACAGUAAUGGCUGGGUUAACCACAGCUCUGGCCAUGAUCAUUUACAGAGCUAUCAAAGAAAAAGUUAGCAUGUGGACUGCUCUUUUCACCUUUGGAUGGACAGGUACAGUUUGGGGUGCAUCCACAAUGUUUAUCUUACAAGAGCCUAUUAUACCAUUGGAUGGAGAAACCUGGGGGUAUUUAUUAGGGAUCUGUAUCUGUUCUACUGUGGCUUUCUUAGGUGUAUAUUAUGCAUUAAAUCGAUUCCACCCAGCAUUAGUUAGCACAGUCCAACACUUAGAGAUCGUAGUGGCUAUGAUACUCCAGUUACUUGUCCUCCGUAUGUUUCCAAGCAUAUACGACCUUAUUGGUGGAUCAAUCAUCAUUUUUAGUGUCUUCGCACUGACCGCUUACAAGCUUUACUGGGUCAACCGUCAUGGCAGACAGGAUUACCUGGAGAUAACAAAUUCCCCCAUCAAAUGAAUGUUAAUAAUGUCUUAAAUAAGUAGAAGAUUAAAUGUCAGCAGGCAACUCUAUAAAUGUCAACUGUGCAACAUUCUUUUGUAUUGUGGUGUUGAAAGAUGGUCAGUUGCUGUUAUUUUUCUGAAUGUUUUGUGGAAUAAAAUGUGCAGCAGACAACUCUGAAGUGUCUGUAUUCAU